UCAUCAACAUUUUUAAGAAAAAUAUAUGUUGUGUUUUAUUCAAAACUUUAUAAUUUUUAGGCGUAAAUUACAAAAUAUAAUAUUAUUUCCGGGCAGAAAUGUAAAGUAAUUUGCUGAUAAGCGGGCUCUCGAUGCCGUUAAGCGGGUGUUCAAAUGGAUUGCUGGUGACGGCGUUAGUGACACUUUUGCUUGUGCCAGUUCAGUACUAUGUACCAGACUUAUAUUUGAGCUCGAAUGAUCCCCCGCCUGAGCCGAAACCAUUGCUCGGGACCGCAGCGAAUGUCACGCUUGCUUGGUUGCCUGUCGAACUGCCUCCUCUGGAUUUAUUCCUCUCGGUGUCAUUAAUACUACUGGCAAUGAUCACUUAUGUUUGUGACUGGAUACAAAGAAAGUUAAUGGAAAGGCGAAUAAUAAAGCUAAAUCAAUGCUUGCAAGAUUGUGUUGAACGGCUUCGUUCUUGGGACGCGCGCCAGGAACAGCUCGAAGCUACCCUGCGCAUGGUUCAGAACGCCACGUCGGAGUACAACCUGCUGCUGUACUUGCUGCUGCGCCACCACCGCCUCGGCCCUGUGACCAGGAAACCUCCUUCGCAUUGUAUUUUUGAUAAGGAGCUCGACGAUCUUAACUUCAUUACGAAUCCUGUUGAUGUUUUCUCUCAAGAUACUUUAUAG